UGCUGCUGCUGCUGCUGCUGAACCGACCCUAGCUGGAAGCGGCGUGGGGCCCGGAGCAGGUGGGCGCGGAGGGCCCAGGGCACCCGGGAAGCCGAGGUCGUGGGGCCGGCGCUUUCCUCCGUCUCCCGCCGGAGCCCUGGGGCUGGCGGCGUUCCCGGGGCGGAAGACAAAGUGAGCGCGGGAACGUGGCCGCAGCGCUCACCUGUAAAGCAAGUAUUUAACCUAAGAACAGGCCUCUCGAUGGAGGCACAAGAAGACAGCGGAGGUUUCUGGGAGCUUCGUGUGCUCGCCACAAGCGCAGCUGGCGGGCGUUAAUGGCUACCCACCUGUAUCUAUCACGUGCCUUGCUUCGCAUUCUUGGGGUAAAGGCAGGCGGGAAAAGCUUGGGGAGGAAAGUUCCAGGGAUGAAUAGUGGGGAGAAUUAGAGAGAGUCGGUUAAAUAGGAAGACAGAACCAGGACUAGAUAACUGGGACUCAGUCUCUGCUUAUCCUUCCAUGAGACAGUGACCUCAGGCUUUUUUUACUGCUUAGUUUCAGCCACGUGUCCUGAGCGACCCCAGACUUUUCCUUAUUAUAAAUUGAUGGAUUUUCCAUCUCUCAACUAACAGUAUUGGAGCUGUAAAAUCAUCAAGUUAGUUCCCGUUAUAGCUUCUCCGCUGUUACAUGAGCAAUAUUCACCUCUAUUUCUCCCACAAUAAAUACUAGUACCUGUUAACAAAGUCAACCACACAUGUGCAAGAAGGUUAACCAUUUCUAACGUAAAAAGACACGUUAACUUUUCCUUUGUAUACAGUAAGUAUGUACACAGGGAACCACUUUUUCCCAGUGCCAGAGGUGAAGUUUCUCUUGAUUCAGCUAACAGAGUUUCGAGAAUGUGAUAAUAGUUCUUACCUGUGCCAAACGGUGUUCGAAGUACUUUACAAGUCUAAACGUGUUAGAUACAACUGAAGCAAGCAAGUUUCGGUACAUUGUGUUAUACUUUCUCUUGGCUUUGUAACAGAAGUUCUUUCCUAAUAUAAUUUGAUUUCAGUCAUGGUGUGAAUAGGAUUGAUUGUUCUGAAUGGAGGUCUCACAAAUUGCCAAGGGCAGUGUGCUCAGACUCUCGUUAGGUUUCAUUAUAAUACACAAAAUUUGACUUUAAUUUUUUAAUAUUGAUGAUGAAUAAGCAUUAUCUUUGAAUUAUGGGUGGUUUUGCCUUGCCUGGCUUUUACAUUGAAAAGUUUUAGAAAAGUUGCAUAAUACGCAUUCAUUCAAUGAAGAGUUUUGAGCCUCUACUACAUUUACUAGCAUGAGUGUACAAACAUUAGACUCAAUCCCUGUUUUAUCCCAAAGGAGCUUAAUAAGUAGGUAGAAACCCAUUUAAACAAACAGUAGUACCAGGUGCUUUGGAGGAUGUGGCUUUAUUUAUUCUCACACUUGGCUGAACGUUAAAAUCACCUGGAGAGCUUUAACAACCACUGGUGCCUACGCACAAAGAUUCACAUGUAAUUGCUCUGGGGAAUGGUGUGGGCAUCCUGCUUCUUAAAAUCUCCCCAGAUCAUUCUAAUGUACAACCAAGAUUGACAGGUACUGAUUUAUUCAUUCAGCAAAUAUGUAUUAAGGGAGGCCUUCUUUGUGCCAUGCACUGGGACUGCAAGAGUGAAUAAGUACCACCUGUUGCACAUGGAUACAUACCUCUGGAAAGGUAGAAAUUCAGUUAUGCAAGAUCAGGGAACAAGUGCACUGAUUACAACAAAUUUCCCCUGAUACUCUAUGGUCUUUUGAUCUGUUUAGCUAGCUACCAUCAUACAAAUUAGACUUGUCAUAUUACUUUUAACUCUGCCUUGCAUAAUUACUGUUUUUGGGUAAUUAUUUUUAAGCUCUGUACUUGUUGCCUGUCAAACCUUUGUAGAAAUGACAUACCCAGUAGGGUGAUGCUAGCUCAGUGCUUCAAGAUGAUCUCUAAUGCUUACAACCUAGAUGGGCAAUCCUUGAGUGUUCUUCCUCCUGGCUCCUCCUUGUUACUCAAAUGUGGCUUCUGUAGUUUCCAAUCACUAUGCGCUUUCCCUCUGACGUGGUACGUGACAAUCAGGAAAGGUCCUUCCUGGUACCAGGGGACAAAAACCACUAACUAUGGACACCCUGACUCAUGAUCAGCAAUGCUUUCGAGGAAAGAACUUGAUCAAAAGAGGGAAAUGUGAAAACGAAUAAAAGAAAACUUCGUUUAAAAUGGAGUCAGGAAGGCCUGAAAGGAAAGCUCUCACGUGUGCACCGCUUGUGGCUGCCUGCAUAACCAGCAGGAAGAGGAACAAUAAAAAUUGUUUUAACAACAACAAAAGAAUGAAUAAGAGUGAGAUUAUUCUUGCUUAAGUCACAAUGACCUAGUUGCCAUUGGACACUUUUUAGUCUUUACCUCACAUAACUCUUCUGUAAUGUUUAAGAUGCUUAUCUCCUUUCUCCUUCAUAAUACUAUCCCCUCUCUUGCCUUUCUCUAUCACGUUUCAGGUUUAUUCAUCCCAGAUCCAGAGUUCAUCUCUCUGUCUCCUUUACAUUCUUUUUUUUUUUUUUUUUUACUUAAGUGUUGGUGCUUCUAAGAAUUUUUACAAGAUAUGGCAUCCAUAAGUACUUUUUCUAUGUUUUUAGCUUCAAUAUAUUACCUGAAGGUUAAAGACUCUCAAUCUAUAGCUCUAGCUUUUUUUAAGCACCAUAUCUGUAUAACCAGUUAUGAGGCAUUGCCACCUGGAAAUCAUCUGAGCACCUCAACUUCAAUGUGCACAAGCAUGGACUCAUGUUUUCCUGCCAAAGCUUUUUCCUCCUUCUGGUUCUCUGACUCAUUGACUGAAAUUGCUAUCCACCCAGUCUCUAAAGCCAGAAGUGUACACAUCAUCCUAGAAUUCUCUCUUACUAUAUAACGUGCUGUCAUCAGGUGAUUUCCACCUCCUAAAUGUCUUGCUAAUUUAUUUUUAUUUCUAAAUAGCUCCUAAAUGUGUCCCCUUUCCUCUAUCCUCAUUCCAAGAGUCCCAGAUCAGAUAAUCAUUACACAUGGCUUGGUCUACUACAGUGGCAUCCUUACUGAUAUUUUACCAACAGCCCUAACCUCUCCAGUGAAAUCCUUCUAAAUCAGAAAUCUGAACAUGUCAUUUCCCUGCUAAACUUAUUCAAUUACAACUAGUAUACAAGGAGAGACAACUUACACAAAAAUAUACGCCCAUGGAAGUAUGUCAUAUGCACAAGUUAACACAUUGAGUGUAUAUGUAAAAAUCACCCACAGAGGAAGUGUCCAAGAACCAAGGCCCUACAGUAUAAAAUCUGAAAAAUCUUAAUCUGAUGUAUAAGGCCCAUUGCUAUCUAGGCCCGCUCAUGCCCUCUCUAGUCUAGUUACAGCUUAAGCAAUGCUGAACUAUUAAUGGCUCACUGAAAACAUCAAGCAUUUUCAUGCUGCUAUGGCUUUAUAUGUGUUGUCCUCUGUAACUGGACACUUCCCCAUCUCCCAUGUAGUGUCGGCUCAAGCUUUCCCUCCUCCAUUGUUGACUUCCCUCACUUCUCCAGACAGUCAUUUCUACAAUGCUUAAAUUGUGUUUGAGUGUAUUAGCGUUAUUGUGUUGUAUGUUUGUCUAAUAUGUUUUUAAGGACACAGAAAAUGUAUUUUCAUCUGUGUUCCCAACAUGUAGCAGGAACUUAAUAUUUGUUGAGUAAAUAAAAAUAAGAUCCACUGGGAUUCUGAGAAGAUUGUCGGAGUCAUCAGGAUGGAGGAUUAUGAGUACAGAGACUAUGAGGCAAUGAAGAUGGGCUCAAGAUUUAAUUGAAGGUACCAUUUAGUUGACAUAUCUGUAGGAGUUGGAGAGUGGAGGACAAGCCCCAAGUUUCUGACUUGAGUGUGUAGGGAUGGAUACCAUAACCAGGAUCUGGAAUGCAACAGGUUUGAUUCAUGAAAAGGCAACUACCUUUCUUUUGCUUUAUGCUUUAUGUAGGUGGCUAACAUCUUUCUAAUCAUGAAUUUUUAUUAAAAUAAGCUUAGUAACUCUCUAAUUGUUAUUAGGUCAAACAAUAAACAGUGAUAAACUGAUGAACAGUGACCAAUAAAACUAGCUUAUCUUAUUCCAGCUGUACAUUCUACCUAAGGGGAUUGACGUUAUUGGUUUAUAUUUAGGUUAUAACAGUACUUUCAGGAUUAGCCAAACAAAAAAUUGCAUAUUGAGCAAUUAGACCUUUCUAAAGUUGGCCCAUAUUUGUUUUUAAGUUGCUACAGCCAAAAUUGGAAUAUGGAAAGCAGCCAACACCAUGAAAUGAUAGGAUUUUAAGUAUAGCAACUACAAGACACUUAGGAAUUAACCUAAUUUAAUCUCUUGUCCCUCUUUGGGUGUAAUCGUGAUUUACUAUACAAUUACAUGAUUACAAUUGAGAUUCUCAUGAAAUGAUGUUCAUGAAACAUUUAAAUGUUUAAAAAUAAUAAAGGUUUGUUUGCCUUCUGAUUCAAAUGAAAAGAUUGUGAUUUGAGAAUAAGAGUAAAAAAUAUACCAGUAUAUCUUCUGUAAUGCUAACUACUUAAAGUUGUUGUGUUACUGCCAUUCAACUUUCCUGGAUAAAACCAGGUAUUUUAAAGUGCCAGACAUAUAUAGUACUAUAUAUGAAAUGAUUCAGAUCAAAUUUCUUGGUUAAUCAAUGCUGAACAAAGUAAAAUGGAAAAACUAAAAACAUGGAAAAUCAUAACAUGUAUUCUAGGAAAGCAUCUUGUAGUUUUCCACAUCCUGAGCAUUUAUUAAUUUGAGCAGAAAAUGUUACUACACUUAGCUAAGUAUAGAAUUUCAAAACAGUGUUUGACUUGAACAAGCUUAAUUUGUACAGAAUAUGAAUGUCAUAAUUUCACAGUGUGCUGAGAACUAUCCGUGACUUAUAAAUAGAGGCAGAAUUCAAUAGUAUCCUAUUCGAUACUGUGAAAAGAAGCUAAGAAGAUUCCUAAGCACACAAAACCUGAUGAAAAAUACGUGUUCUUGGCAGUUGAAAUUGUAAGAAUGAUGGGAUUCUUCAAGUGAAAGUGCCUUUUAUCUGUGCAAAGUGAUUGUCUUUUUCAGAUUUGAAACAAAUCUGUAUUCAUGAAGAGUGACUGCAUACAAACCACAACAUGUCAAGAAAGAAAAAAGGAUCCAAUAGAAAUGUUUCAUUCUGGGCAGCUGGUAAAAGUCUGUGCCCCAAUGGUGCGGUAUUCAAAGUUGGCUUUUAGAACACUAGUAAGAAAAUACAGUUGCGAUCUGUGCUAUACACCAAUGAUAGUUGCUGCUGAUUUUGUCAGAUCAAUAAAAGCCAGAGACAGUGAAUUUACCACAAACCAAGGUGAUUGCCCAUUGAUUGUUCAGUUUGCUGCUAAUGAUGCAAGAAUUUUAUCUGAUGCUGCUCGUAUAGUCAGUCCUUAUGCGAAUGGAAUAGACAUUAACUGUGGUUGCCCUCAGAGGUGGGCCUUGGCAGAAGGUUAUGGAGCUUGCUUAAUAAACAAGCCAGAGCUUGUUCGAGACAUGGUGAAACAAGUAAGAAAUCAAGUGGAAAACCCCAGAUUUUCAGUAUCUAUUAAAAUAAGGAUCCAUGAUGACGUUACAAGAACUGUAGAUCUUUGUCGAAAGGCUGAAGCAACAGGAGUUUCCUGGAUUACAGUCCAUGGAAGAACUGUUGAAGAAAGACAUCAGCCAGUUCAUUAUGAGGCCAUUAAAAUAAUUAAGGAAAAUAUGUCUAUACCUGUAAUUGCUAAUGGAGACAUCAAAAGCUUAAAAGAAGCAAAAAAUGUGCAGCAUAUUACUGGGACAGAUGGUGUGAUGGUUGCAAGAGGACUCUUAGCAAACCCCGCCAUGUUUGCUGGAUAUGAGGAAACACCACUGAAAUGCAUCUGGGACUGGGUUGACAUUGCUCUUGAACUUGGAACUCCUUAUAUGUGUUUCCAUCAACAUUUAAUGUACAUGAUGGAAAAGAUAACUUCACGGCAGGAAAAAAGGAUAUUUAAUACUUUGUCAAGCACAUCAGCAGUCUUAGAUUACCUUACAGACUCUUAUGGGAUUGACUGGACUUCCUAAAUUAUUUUCUAUUUGCAGUGAAAUCACCCAGCGUCACAUCUUGGUUUUUACUUUGAAUCAGUGGCUCUCAAACAUUAGUAUAAAAACAAUGCCCUGACAGAAUUUUUAAAAAUCAUUCCUAGACCCAUCCUUAGAGAUGUCUGAUUCAGUAGAUCUCUAGGGUGGACCCCAAAAUACUGUUUUAAAGAAGACCCCAGGUGGUUCAAACAUUGAAAAACAUUGCUCUGAAUCCUAUUAUGGAUUUAAAAAUGUGAGAAUUUUUUUCUUAAAGAAAUCAUGUUUUUAACAUUUUUAAAUAAAACUUUAUUUUAAUACUAAAAGUAUGACUCAUGAUAUCUGUAAGUUAACAUAAGAUGUUUUAAAUGAAAAUAAGUGCAGAAAAGUGACAGAACAAAUUCCAACAUCUAUAUAAAAUGAAAAGGACAAGAAAUUUUGUAUAGAAUUGCAUUCAGAGCUUAAAUUAAAAGUUCAAGUUGGAAAAUCAAACUGCUACUUCCUAAUUCAUGAAUUACACACCUCAAGGUAUUUCUUUUAAAUUGUAACAGAAGUUAAUUAGAUGUGAUGUUUUCUAUAAUUUAUAACUAAGAUUCCAUGAAAUUCUUUAAAUGAAAUUAAAUGUUAUAUUUCGAGCUUUCUAGAUCCUUAGAAGAUUGAGAGCUUGGUAAAUAUACCUUAUGUAAAAUGAGAAUAUUAAUUUCUGUCCCCCACAUCUUACGUGUAAAAAAUCUGGUCGCUAAUCUGGAGAUGAUUACACAGGCUGGCCUCAGUGCUAGACCAUUUUGUAUAUGGGACUUGAGCAUCCAGAAACGUUGGUACCUGCGAGAGUC